AUUAUAGUGCGAUCUUUGGCGUUAUUCCUUUUAUUUAUAUUCAGUUUUGUGUUGCUGCAAAGUACUUAACUAUGAUGGCACUAAAUUUACCUCGACCUUUGAUCAGUAAUUUGAAUUUGUGUAGAAGAACAUUGUCUGAUCAAAGCCGGUAUCAGUUUCUUCAACAUUCGAAAUUACCUACUUAUUACUUCCAAAAAUCGUUGCCUCGUUUACCGAUUCCAAAAAUAAAGUUAACAGCUUCUCGGUUUCUUUCUGCUGUGCAGCCUAUUUUAGAUCAAAAAGAAUAUGAUCGCACCGUACGUAUUUUAUCAGAUUUUGUAACUGGUGACGGAAUCAAAUUGCAGGCAUUACUUCAAAACUACGACAAUUUGAAUAGCCAUACAAGCUACAUAUCGGAACCAUG